CCGUUGCAGAGUGGUCAGUCCAAAGCGCGCAAUCGCUCGCUUCUGUCACUUUAUCUUUCUCGACGCUACCUACAUAUACCAUGGUGCUCGACGACGUCACGAUCCAAAGCCGCCCGCUGCAGUUCUUUACCGAGCGCGGCAAGCACGCCCGGUACACGGUCUACAUCCUGACGCUCUCGUCGCCGUGCAUGGGAUCGCCGUGGCGCCUCACGCGGCGCUACUCGGAGAUGCACACGUUCCACCGCGUGCUCACGCGCUUCUUGGCGCCGAUCGCGGCCAACUAUGACUGGCUCCGGCACCUUCUCCCACUCUUUGACCAAGUCUUUCCGCAAAAGCAAUGGAUCGGCGACCUCUUUGCGACGUACGACCGCACGCGCGCGCGAGCGCUGCGGCUCGUGCAGUUUCUGCAACUCGUGCUCAUCUUGCGCCAGCGCUGCCUUGAAAAGCACGUGGCUGGCGACGACGCGCCCAUGAUAUCGGCGAUCGUGAGCUUGAUCGACGUGCACCUCAACGUCCCAACCGCCCCGCCCGUCGCGCCGAGCUCCCCAAUCGUCGAGUGCGCCAUCUGCCUCGAGACUCUGUUGACGUCGCCACAGACGCUGCCGUGCCACCACGGCUUCCAUCCCAAAUGCAUUGGCCCGUGGCUCGCGCAGCACAACACGUGUCCGCUCUGUCGACGCACGUGCCACCUCUCGUGCAGCGUCUAGUCGAGACUACGAGUCGACGGCGCGAUCGAAGCGCCUCAUUUUUUGUCCUUAUCCCGAGUAAUAUCAACGUCGUUUGUUCAUA